AUGGCGCGCACCUUCCCCUCCGAACUGUACCAUGCCAUUCUGCUUGAUGUCUCGCGAGAGGAUCAGCGCACGUGCCUUUUCGCUUCACGCCACUUGCACGACAUUGCUCUGGCCCAGCUCUUCCGUCACAUCACGAUCAGCUUUGGGACCUGGGAGGACGAGGAACAGGAGGAAGAGAAGGGCGAGAAGGGGUCAGAAAGUGCCGUGGAGGCGGCUUUACGUGCCAUCGGUGUGGGGUUGAUUUCGUUCUCGUUGGUCGCAUGGCAGCCAAACCUCACCAAGGUCCUGGACACGUUGGCGGUGCAUAACCAUAACCUUUUUUCGUUGAAUCUGACGUACGACUCCCUGGAGAUGGAGCCCCUCUCGUCCCUGCUCUCGCACUGCAACCAGUUGCGGGAGUUGGCCCUUUUCCUCAACCUGAAGUCGUCCUUCAGGGAUGAUCUCUCUACGGUGUUACGGCCAGGGCAGCAACCCUUCCUCUCUAGCUUCAAGCUCUUCCUUGGCCUUAAGAAAAAGAGGACCGAACCCCAUCCUCCUUGGGAAGAGAUGUUCCAAACCGUCUCGGCGUACCUCGCCAACCGCCCGACGCUCCGGCGUCUCUUGGUCUCGCCUACCAACAUGAACAGUCAGACAGCUGUCACAAGACAGGGUUGUGUCCCCACCUGCAGCAUCAUCGAACUUCUGCCGUCGCUUCCAGGCUUGGAGGUCUUCUCGUAUCAUCAGCCCCACUACGUCACAGGCCAGUUCACAGAGCCGGAUGUCAAGAGGUUGGAUGAGAAACUUCCGUUGGGCAUCACCGCCUUCGCACUCCAGAUGAAGGUGGACAAAGCAACUCAGAAGGGCAUAGACGCGUUCGUUGAGAUGGUCCUUCGCCGCCGACGUUUGCAAUAUCUCCACGUCGUCAUCACCAAGUACCAGUACAUGAUGAAUGGACCGUACCGUCGGGCCCCCCUGGAACUGAUGCGAAAAAGACUUCUCGAAAACCCCCCUCCAUCACUGGAGCUCCUCGGCGACCAUGACUUGUUUCUGGACGUUUCUGCGCCACGCUUGGAGCCCCAUAACGAGCCCGAGUGUUGGUCUGAAGACAAGGUUUGGAGCCGCACCAUCGACGACUAUGGGAACGCCGAUUGGUUUUGGCUGACAGGAGAUGGCGAGUUGCCGGGUUACGCGCCUGGUCCCUAG